AUGCCGCCAAGGACGAAGGUUACGCGACGCCGAAAUACUUUCUCCCGGCUCUGCCGGACGUUAGACACGUACUUAAGCGGGAGCAGCGACCACAGAGCCACACCACACCCACCUCCCCCGUUGCCAGGACAGCUGCAGCAGUCGCCCGAGAUGCAGAGUGUCGCCGUCCUCGCCUGCCUGCUGGCCGCCGCCCACGCCGGGCUCGUAGCGCCGCCCCACCUCCCUGCGGCUCCAGCGCCGGCGCCGGCCCACCUCGUCGCCUACGACCACUACGCGCCGCCCAGCUACAGGUUCGACUACGCCGUGGCCGACUCGCACACGGGCGACGCCAAGACGCAGUUCGAGCACCGCGACGGCGACCGCGUGACCGGCGCCUACAGCCUCAUCGACGCCGACGGCACGACCCGCAUCGUCGAGUACACGGCCGACGACCACAACGGCUUCCAGGCGGUCGUGAAGCGCGUCGGACACCCGACGCCGGCGCCGCCCAGGGCCGUGGUCGUGGCCGCCCCCGCUCCGGCACCCGCCGCCCACGCGCCGGUGUACGCCGCCCCUGCCCCGGCUCCAGCCCCCGUCGCCCACGCCGCAGUUUAUGCUGCCCCCGCCGCCCACGCGCCGGUGUACGCCGCCCCCGCCCCAGCCCCCGUCGCCCACGCCGCUGUUUAUGCUGCCCCUGCCGCCCACGCUCCGGUGCACGCCGCCCCCGCAGCUGUUUCGGUCGCCCCCGCUCCCGCCGCCCACGCAUACUCGUACCCGGCACCCGCGCACGGUCCCGCGCCUUACCACGGGUAGGCGUGACGCCCAUCAGAAUUCGUCGUUUUUCUCCGCAUAGUUGUCCGUAAGAGAGUUGUAUGUUUACAUAAACGACCCGUCGCCAUCUCGCAUACCAACUUCAGCACUGUUGACUCAUCACUCUUUUAUCGUCCAUUACCAUGUAUUUUCUAAAACGAGCAUGUACUGUAAAAUAAACUAUAUUUUCUAAA